AUGGAUGGCAACAGUCGAAGCACAGCAACAAUGACAAGGGAGAAUCAACAACAUAUCAUUGAAGGGCCAACCUCAGUUGGUGCAACUGACCGCUCGGCAUUCAAGGCCUCCGAGAAUGAAUUGAAGGCUGCUAACGAGGCUGCUGCCAAUAAUAAUGGCAUGGUUCGUGGUGCCACCCCAGAUACACCAACUAUCCCAUCUAUUGAAAAUAUCGUUCCCUCACAUAGACUCGAUGGACACGUCACCAUCGUGACCGGUGGCUCCGGGGGCUUGGCCCACACUCUAUCGCAAGCGUUGGCAGCACAAGGUUCGCAGAUAGCGUUGGUUGACCUUGUAGUUGAGAAACUGGCUACAGUGGAAUUCGAAUUACAAGAGUUCAUCAAAGUGAACAAAUUGAAACCUGUCACAAUUUCGACGUGGGCUUGUGAUGUCAGCGACGCGGCUCAAGUAGAAGAAUUGGUCACUGCAGUACCAAAGGAACAUGGCGGUAUCAUUCCCGAUAAGUUGGUUCACACCGCUGGUUAUUGUCAAAAUAUUCCUGCCACCGAGUAUCCCGCCGGCCGUGCAGAACAUUUGGUCAAGGUCAACCUGAUGGGGUCACUAUACAUAUGCCAAGCAAUGACUCGCCAGCUGUUGAGUCAUCGUAAGAGAAGAAAGUCGAUUUCUCAUAAUAUCAACUCCGUUGGUGAGGCUCUGCCUUUCUUCCCAAAUGCAUCUUUUGUCCUUAUUGGAUCCAUGUCCGGUCUGAUCGUCAAUACUCCGCAACCGCAAGUAGCAUACAAUAUGGCAAAGGCCGGUGUCAUUCAUCUAGUUAAGUCUUUGGCGUGUGAAUGGGCAAGAUAUGGUAUUCGUGUUAAUGCAAUCUCACCCGGCUACAUUGCUACACCUCUAACCAAGCAGGUGAUUAGUGCUUCACCAGAAGGUGCUGCAUUGCAAGAAGCAUGGACAUCGAAAGUACCAAUGGGUAGAAUGGCUGAACCAAAGGAGUUCAUCGGUGCUAUGCUUUAUCUACUAAGUCGUGGCGCUUCCAGCUACACAACAGGUGAAAAUUUGGUUGUCGAUGGUGGUUACACAUGUUGGUAG